AUUUUGCCUAGUUUGUUGGGAUGUUUAAGUUGUUAACAAUAAUAAAGUUUUUCUUUUGUUUUUGCGUUGAAUAAUAAUAAUAAUACUACAAGAAUUCAGAAUGCCGUUUAAAUGAUGUAUUUAUAUUUUCCACUAGGCCCAACAUAGAAAUAUGAAAGGGCUCUGUUAGUCAAUUUUCUCUGUACCAAUUCUCUCUCGCUCGGUCUUACAACAUUGCGUUUCAGCGAUCUUUAAUUGAAACAAAAAUGGGUCUGCUGUUGGUGCUGUUGGUAGCGAUGAUUGGAGCGGUUCCAUUGAGAUCAGAACAGCAGCAACUCAGCACCAAAGAGUGUGAGAAUCUGGGCUUCACUGGACUCGCUCUCUGCUCUGACUGCACCACUUUUGCCGAGUAUGUCAAAGACCCAGAAUUGAUAUCUGAUUGCAGAAAGUGUUGCACCGAAGAUUCUGCUGAUGCUAUGAGUAAGGUCAUCUAUUCUGGAGCACUUUUAGAGGUGUGUAUGAGAAGACUUGUAUUUUAUCCUGAAAUUGUGGGCUUCAUAGAAGAAGAGAAGGACAAGUUCCCUUCAGUAAAAGUUCAAUAUACAUUUAACUCACCACCGAAGUUGAUCUUGCUGGAUGAUGAUGGAGAAUCCAAGGAAACAAUCAGGAUUGAUAAUUGGAAACGUGAGCACAUACUGCAGUUCUUGAGAGGGAAGGUCAAGCAAAGCGCAGACAUCUGAAAGGGUUAAGAGGAACCAUGUAUGCAUUUCUUUUGGUAAAAGCCAAAGCAUGUCACAGAGGAGGGAAAGCACUUAGUUACAUUCUCCAGACUCGUAGUUAGGGUUAUGCAUUGAACCGAGCAUGUUUUUUGGUUCUUCAAAGUGGUAAAGAUAUUGUUGAAACUUUGAGUUCAUGAGGUAGGUUGAGAUGCAAAAACUGGACAUUGUAUCGAUUACUUCCAUGCUGGCACUUCUGGGCAAACAUAUCGGAGUUGGUAAAUUUUCACAACACUUGGGCAUUAUUGGAUGAUGUUAGUUAUACAUCAUAACUCACGUGACUUUGUCGAUACAAUAUUGUCAUUUGAGUUGAAAUAGAUCGUCUUUUUUGAGCAUUUCAACCCGAAACAAUAGUUUGAGGUUUGUUCUAGGACUUGGCCACUUUGGCCAAGAGAAUCUUUGGUGUUUCUCUUGUUACUCAAAUAGAUCAAAUUUGUCUUACACUUCGUCAGUGUUGCAGAGUUUGUGAACUAGCGAAAGUGGCAUUAAGUUUGAUACACUUUUUGGACUGGAUGAAUAUAACCCAAACUAUUGACAUAUUUCAAGCCGAAUUCGCCUUGAUUAGAGUGUGAAGUGGAAUGUGCCUUGAUUAGAGAGUGUCAUCGCCAAGAAUUCUGUCUGACAUUGAAAGAACAUAAAUAGUAUUGCAGUGUUGGAAAUCAAACACAAAAACAAGAACAAGUAUUGGAGGAAUGUAAAACAUUUCUUUCAUGUGCUAAUUGUUUGUUAGUGGUCACUACAAUGUAGAGUACUUAUAUGUUUUCCCAAAAUAUCAUUGUUAGAGUUGUCACUAGAAAGUAGAGUUUUUGCAUUUCAACCUACGUAAUCACAUUGUUGGUAUGUUAUCCACAAAAAAUCUUCCACGACACUUUUGCCCAAUAGUUCACAUUACAUAAGUAUUCUCGCACCCAGCCCUCACCCUUCAUCUUUCUGUCCCCUUUUUUUUUUUAAUUUUUCUUUUUUAUUUUUAUUUUUAUAGGCAUAUUAAAGGUUCACGCUGUAAGUUUUGGAAGGAAACAUCACGUGGGAAAGUGUU